AUGAGAACAGGAGAACAGGGGAGGAAGCAAGGAGGAGCACAGCAAGGUGUGUCUUCCUCCAUCCAGUCUUCAACUGUGGUGAAUGUCCAAGACGGCCAGGCCUUGACCCAGGAACAGGAGCCUCCCCCUGCAGAGGUUGUGCCAGUGGUGGCCCCUCCAAGCCUGAAAGAGGUGCAGCAAGCAGUGCAGGAGGCCUCGGAGCAGGUCGAGGGUCGAGGAGCAGAAGAAGUGUUGAAGGAGUUGCUGGAGCGGGUGGUGGAAGCAGCCCUGGGGCAGGUGGAAGGAGGAGGGGAAGCCAAACUGGAGGAUGCAGCAGUGGAGGAAGGAAUUGAAGAAGAUGCAGCGGGGGCUGAAAAUGGAGAUGCUGAAACUGACACAGAGGCAGAGGCAGGGGUGUUGGAGGGAGCAGUGGAGGAUGAGGUGGUGGGUGAAGAUGUGGAUGACAGGGCAGGGAAUACAAGUGAGGAGCAGAAGGUAGAUGAGAUGAAAAUAGAGGUGAAUACGUCUGAAGAUGUCGCUGAGAUAGGGACAGUGGUUGUAGAGGAGGAGAGUGAAACUGCUGCUGGACUUGAAGAGGAGACCACAGCGGGGGUACAUGAUGGAGAUGGAGAAGCACAGAGUGUAGAGCCAAAUGAUGACUCUCUGGACACAGAAGUCAGUCAGGAUGUUUUGCCAGAAGUGGUGGCAACUUCAGAAGAGGCAGAGGUGGUGGCAGAGGACAGUGAGGAGCAGAAUGUACUGUUAGAAGAAAAAGGAGAAAUAGAAACACAGGAGGCAGAGGAAAAUCCAGCUGUUGAGAUAGCAGUAGUUGGAGAGCCGGAGCAAGAAACUGUAUUAGACUCUGACCUUAACCUGGGGUUGACUGAUGUGGAGCAGGUAGGCGAAGGGAGGGAAAAACAAAACCCUGAAGGUGAGGUAACACAGGUAGAUCAACUGGAGGAUGAGGUUAUUGUUGUUGUGCCAUCUGAUAAUUAUGAGAUAGAGACCACACAAACAGUGGAUGGAGAGCCAGUAGAGGAGGAGGUAAACAUAAAUAUACUAAAGGAGACUGAAGAGGUAGAAGCACGAGGUGCAGAAUUAGAGGAAGCGGCUGGUGGAGAAAAGGAUGAGCAGGCUGUAAAUGAGGAGGAGUCAUUAGUAACUGAAGCAAGGGAAGAGGAGCAGAUUGCUUUGGAGACCCCUCAAAGCAGCAAACAAGAAGAUCAAGAAGUCCUGGUGAUCUCUGCCCGAGAGUCUGAUGAUGAUGAUGAUGGUGAUGAUGAUGAUACUGCUGUUGGUGGUGGUGGUAACGGUGAAGUCUCCAUAGAGCAGAGCCCCGAGGGCCACCCUGAGGCUCCCACACCGAGCCCAUCCCUGAGUGGGACAGGGAUAGGGGAAAACACCCUUGAUGAGGAGAAAUCUAACCACGGCAAUGAGAUUACCACCCCUACAGAUGAUAUUUUACCACAUGACCCUGCCUUGGCUCACCCUGCUGUGGAAAGUUUUGUCAAGGAUGUUUUAGUUCAACCCUCUCAGGUAGAAGGGGAGCAACUGGGUGAAGCCAAUGAGCUGGUAGAAGACACAGCUGGACACACAGAAAUAAGCGAGCUUGGCCUUGAAGCUUGGAAGAUUGGGGCUAUUUCUGCUGCAGUCCUUCUGGUUUUGGAGACAAUCGUCAUUGUCCUCUACAUCCUCAAACGACGCACCAGGAGCAGUAACCCGGCCCUACAACGGGCAUGUGAGGAAGGGUGUGUUGAACCAGAAGCAGCCACAGGAGGUGACUACAGCGACGACACACUACCUGCAGGCAAUGGGGACACUCAACAGAUAACAGUACCUGACGCCUCUAACACUGCCUCAACCCUGGCCCAAAACAAAGAGCAUCAGGAAGGAGAGAAUGUAAUACCCAUGUCAGACCUCCCGCCCAGCUCCACAGAGGACUUGGCCAACUCUGAAGCUGGACCAGAUCCCUCACAAGACAACAGGACAUCAAUACUCUAAGGGGUCCAGCAGUUCUUAAGUUCUUAAAUGAACAUCUAAAUGAAACAUCAAAUGCCACUCUUCAGUUCUGCACCAAAUUCCUAUUUACCUACACACUCAUUGAACGCUCCUAAAUUGUCAAAUCCAGUACACUGACUGUAAUGAUGUCUGUUUGGAACAGCUCUGUAUUUGUGUAUGGAUGAAUAUGUGCAUGUAUGUGUGUGGACACAAAGACAAGAGAUACUGUAAUAUAUUUGGCAUAUUUGACUCUGUGGAAGUAGGCAAUAGGUACAUUAACAGGUGUGUUUAUAUGUGAAUGAGUGAACAUGAGAAGCAUAUGUAUUAAAAUACAACUUGCAUGUAUAAAAGUGUUAAAAUGCUAUGAGUCUAGGCUAGGAUUAUAUUGUUCGGGAUUUUUUUUUUUUUUCAUAAUGACCAAAUCAGUCAUGCUGGAAAAAGUAGGUGAAAUCACAUUAAAGGGGAGGGCAUGAACAAUUUCCUAUCUCACUAGAAAUCUGUAGUAACAUUUUGUAAAAUGUACAAAAUGUAUUUGAAGCACCAUAGAGGAUAAUCUGCACCUGUUCAAAAGAAUAACACCAGCAAACAAAAAACAAUGGGUUUCAUU